AUGGAAAACGAGGACGGGUUAAAAUGUAGUGUGGGACAUUACGCAGGAAGUUCCUGCGGAUUAUACAAACCGUAUCCAAAAGAAACAGAUUUAAAAAUUUUGGGCGAUUGUCAAAGAGACAUAUCUUUACACCUACACGCCAUUAAGUUAAGUGGAGGCCACCAGACAGCAGUGACAGCAGCAGCCGACAGCGAGGGGUCUCUGAUUGCCCUGCGCAUUGGUUUAUUUCGAUAUGAUCCAUCCAUGACAGUAUGUCCAUUCCAUCGUUAUGGCCUUGGGAUACACUGGAAACCUCCUCGGAAGUGCACAUAUCCAUCACAUGAGGGAGCUCAAAAACCCCAAAAAGCAGUAAAUGCAGAAAUGAGCAGAAAUAUUUUGAAAUGUUUAGGAGUGUUACUGGUGAUUGGUUCAGGAAUUUGCAAAGGCUGUCUGAAAAGUUACAGCAAAGAUAUCUCCAGUUUAGACAAUGAACAGGAUUCUCUAUCACAUUAUGCUGUAUGUACUACUGGAGAGUCCCUAGGAUAUAAUCUGAGAGAACAUGGUCAUCUGCAAUAUUAUGAUAAUGAUUCAGAUGUACCAAAUUCCCAAACUCUCUCACAAAUAUCAACAUAUAGUGAUGAAAUGGAAACAACGUUGCAGAAUGCAAAUGAAGUAUUGAAAAUGGUAACUGGUGGAAAGGCAAGCCCUUUGCGUGCACAGCUUCGCACAGAUAUUUCAUCAGCAGGGGAAAGUACCAUACGUUACUAUAAAAGAAAAGCAGAGGAGUCUGUGGAUUCAGUUCUCAAUCUCAUAGCUCCUGGACAGUCUUCAAACUUGAAGCAGCUAAUUACAGAAUCAACCAAAGAGCCCUCAGAAGAUGAUCUCAUUAACACCAUCCUGAGAAUAUAUGAAGAAACAACAAACAAUCAACUAUGCAACCAAAUCCUAUCAGUGGUGUCCAAGAAAUUAACCAAAGAUGAAAUUAUGCAACGACUACCAGGAAUAACGAAAUACAAAAUAGAUCAAGCCAGACUUACAUCAACUUCAAUAACUGCCCUGGACAUGAAAGACAGAGAAAGAAGACCAAGAGAAAAAAUGGAUGAAGAAAAGAUGCAACACGCUAUCAACUUCUUUUUUGAUCCUUGUUUCACUCAAAUUGUUUCCUACGGCACUAGGGAGCUGGAGUUUGAUACUGGGGAAAAAAUCAGAAUUCCAGAUGUCAUUCGAACUGUUUGUCAUGCACAGAUUGUACAAAUGUAUUUGGCUUUCUGUAAAGAAAAUGAAUUCAAACCUUUAGGAAAAAGUUCACUUUUCAAAAUUCUAAAAGCCUGUGCUGCCUCAAAGAGAAAAAAUCUUCAUGGGCUGGAUAAUACAGCUGCAGAUGGAGUGGAGGCUUUCCAGAGUCUCCAUACGUUUUUGAAUACAUUAAAGAAUCAUUCUCUGAUGUCUGCUGAAUUACACAAAGAACUAACAACAGCUUUAACUUCAAGUCGCAUCUACUUAAAAACAGACUAUAAACUCCAUAUUCAAGAAUCAGACCUAUGUGCAGAUCAUUGUAUUAACUGGAGUUUGAGCGACAGUAAUAAUGAAGAUUUUCAAAAUCCGUGUGACCAUAUCCAUUCCUUAAAGUGUGACAGAUGUGAACUUUUGAAAGAAGUCUGUACUGAAUUGCAUAAGAUUAUCAACAAAAUGGAUAAUGGUAUAGACAAAGAUGAAUACACCACCAUCAUAUCAGAAGCUAUGAAGAAAAUUCUCAGAUAA